AUACUCAAGCAUGCGAGGAUGGAAGCGCUGCGAGGCAAGAGUCUCGACCAGCAGACCCAGUCGCUGCGCGACCAAGUGCAGAUCACCAAGCAGAAAGUGGAGGGCUCGCAGCACGAGCUCACCGACAUCGCGGCGCAGAUCACACCCCCGGCCACCCAGUGCAAGACGAGAUCCAAGGAGCUCGCGGACACGAAGGACGAGCUGCAGCAGCUCGAGGCGCAGAGGGCCAUGGCGGCCCACGCGGCUGCGCAGCAGGCUAAAGUGCACGACCCGGCCAACACCGUCGACCAGCUCAAGAAGCUGCGCGAGAGCGCAGUGGCGGAGGAGGACGAGGCCAUGGCCAUCGUGGGCCGGGGCAACCGCGACAAGCAUGCCCUGGGUGAGGUCGCCAACACCAUGGAGCAGAAUAAGGGCGAGGAGGAGAAGAUAUGUCGCCUCUUUGACACCAUCAAGCAAGUUACCUUCAAUGGCAGCUGCUGGCCAACAUUCGAGCAGUUCGUUGAGUCGCAGUGGGUGAAUGAUGUGACGCUGAUCUGCGCCCAGGAACACAGGCUAUGCGAUGGGGGCAUCAUUGCCCAGAAGGCCCAGUGGCGCCAGCGGAGGGGAUGGCCGGCACACAUCCCGCCAGCUAGUUUCAAUGACAGCGGGGAGCGCGUCAACGGAGUGGCCAUCCUCGUCCGCGACGGGCUCGACCCGGGGUUGAGUGUCUGCCUGGAGGCCCCAGGCCUGCCGAAGGUAGGCCUCAUGAGCACGCAUUUCCUCGCCUCAGAGGGCCUAGGUAAGACCAACCUGGGCCUGCUCGCAGACAUUGCUGUCCCACAG